AUGUCGUCGAUCAUCCAUAAGAUAGAGGAGAAGCUCCACAUCGGUGGAGAUCACAAGGAGGAGCACAAGAAGGACGAGCACAAGAAGGACGAGCACAAGGGCGAGGGAGAACACAAGAAGAAGGAGGAGCACAAGGGUGAGGGAGAGCACAAGAAGGAGGAGCACAAGGGAGAGAAGCACGAGGAGAAGAAACACGGAGAUAAAGAGAAGAAGAAGAAGAAGAAGGAGAAGAAGCACGGCGAGGGACACGGCCACGACAGCAGCGACAGUAGCGACAGCGACUAA